GAAAAUCCGAUUUACUUGUUUUCAACCUUUCUGAUACAUGCAUCCUUUUUCAAGUGCAUAUAUAUAUAUAUAUAUAUAACCUGGUACACAUGCGAAGUUGUUUACUCGUGGAUUGUUUAAGUUAUCAAUAUUUUUAAACUGCACUGACAUAGACUUGGUAUAUUGGUGGUAUCAGAAAUAGUGACAAAAUUAUCAAUCACGCGCCGAUGGAUGUUGAGUAUUUUCCAACAGAGGUACUCUGUCGAGUAUUUGAUUCCCUUUCUUGGGGAGAACGAAAACGCAUUGCAUUGGUUUGUCGUCGAUGGAAUGGAAUCAUAAAAUCCGAUCGGUAUCUUCGCCAGACCAAGCUUGUGCUAUACAACUACUCAAAGGUUCAAUUUUUCUCAGGAGUUGAUGUUGCUUUACUCAAUAUGCAAAAGAAUAUUGAAUUUCAUUCAAAUGCCAUGCUCGAUACAGAAGAGCUGAUGGCGGCGAUAAGGGAAUCCUUCCCCAGUGGACUGGCUGCAGCGGAAUCUGUUGAUUUGUUUCUAAGAUCAGACCAUGAGCAGCUAAUCAAUAUAGUGAUACAGAAUUUGUACAAUCUAAAGCAACUUAUAAGUUUAAAUAUUCUAGCGAAUGAAGGAUUCAAAACCUUCGAGAACGGAUUAGAAAUACGAAACGAUACACUACAAAGACUGAAAUUAUCGUUUUAUCAAAGUACACCAUGUCAUGUGCUAGUUCCCAAACUUACCUCCCUAAACUUAGUUGUCCGACAUAUGAAUGAUAUUAAUCUGUUAAAGUCGAUUUGUGAGCAACUUAGAGAAUUAACUAUAAAUUUUCAAUCCAAGGAAUUAGUUCCUAAAUUGUUUUUGUGUAACUUCAAGAAUCUUAUAAAGCUCCGUCUAGCAAUCGAAAAUGAUAAAUAUUUACCGUAUACUAUUAGUCCAACUAACAUAAGCUGGCAAGGAACUCAAAUAUUUUUAGACACAAUUAAAGACCUGAAAUAUUUAGAAAUUAUAGAUAAAUGCAAUAUGAUUCGACAUAACUAUUUGAAGGUAUUUGCAAGUGCUGAAUCGCUGUCCCAUCUUACCAUCAAUUACAUCAUUUUGGAUUCAUCGAUGGUAGAAUUUAUCUCUAAUUUUAGGAAAUUGCGCUAUUUAAACUUACGUGGUUGUUCGACAGCUGGGGAAUCUAUUGUGCUAGACUUACCAUCACUACAGGAACUACUGAUGCCGUACAAACAUUACUCUACGCUACCAUGCACGAAUCUACACCAGCUGACAACGUUAUCCUACAGUAGUUCGCAGAAAAACCACGCUCAAUUUCUUCAACAAAUAGCAGAAAGAUUCACUAAUCUCACAACCCUCAAUUUAUUGAAUUUCGAUUAUGAGUUAUCUUGCGAAUCAUUCCUAUUUUUAAAUAGGUUACAGAGUCUUCAUACGCUAACAAUUCGAGAUAUGUCUGUAUCGAAUUAUCUGUUCACACAUUGCCCAACACUGCAAUCCUUACAGAAGCUCGUGUUACACACCAUCGUUACGGAAAUAUCACUCGUGAAGGCUAUUCCGGAAAAGUUUCCUCGUUUGUACAAACUCAACAUCGAUAAUUGCUUUUUCUAUGUUUUCACUCGCGAAAAUUUUAAAAAUCAUAUUACGUUCGAUCAUUUGAAACACCGAAUGCCUCUAUGUCGUAUUUCCACUGUAGGAUCGACUGUUUUCACAAAUGAGCAAUAUGAUGAAACCCCGUCUAUACUACGGAUAGAAAAAAAUGUUGAUCCUUAACUUGAUGACGGGUUACAAAAUGUGAAUUUUAUGUAUAGAACGUAAAUGUUUGAAAAAAAAUGUGAUAUCUGAUUAAUUGAAAUUUUGUUUUUUGGUCGAUUCGUAUGUAAAACAGUUAAAAGUUUAAGUUUAAAUCGCGUGAAAUUUGCAUCCAGCUCGAAUUCUUUUCUUUGAAAUAUACCAAUGAAAACUCAAAUGCCGUUUUUGUUUGCAGCACUGCACUUACGUAGUGUUUCAUCGACUAUACUCGUUCCAAUUUGAGUGUAAUCAAGGCGUCCUUUUCUACCCUACACCUGUAGUACCACCCUUGGAAACAAAAACGGUAUAAAACAGGAUUUCAUAACAAAUCUAGACCAAGAUGGGAAAACGGCGGAGGAGCCAAAAUAUACGCCACGUAUAUUCCAUCUAUAGAAUAGUUCAUUAAGUAUUACUUCUUUUACUAAAUUCUCCCAAAAAAUCAUCUAGUCAUGUUCAUGAUAUGUAUACACCUGUACAUAUAUUAAUCAUGGUCGAUAUGUUUAACAUACGACAAUACUAGCUACGACUCUAUGAAAAUGUGCUCUAGGAAAGAGAAUAAACUCACUUCUAUAGCGGCCCUUACACGAGCAUUAAAAAUGUCAUUUUAAAUGAUGUCAUUUAAAUGAUGUAAUUCAAAUUUGUUAGAAAUUUCGUCAUUAGUGCACCACUACACGUUCAUUAAAAUGAUAUUUCUUUUUACUAAUGACAUUUUUAAUGACUCGUGCAAGGGCCGCUUAUCUGUGAACUUGAAGAGUUAAGUUGUAAUAAAUAUUGGCGCCGAAACCCUACCUGAAAAUAAAACAAAUAUAUUAAAAGUAAUUAAUAUAACAGUAAACGGAUAUAAAAGUUCACAAUAAAGUUAUUGU